CUUAGAUUCGACGAUAACCAUUAUCGAACAGCCAUUGAAACCAGACACUGCCGUCGAAGUUGAAGAUGGUCGAAAACGCUUUGCUUUUGGGAAGACGCCAAGCGGCUCUCCUCCCCGUUUCUCGUCCUCUUUCACCCAGGGGCCUGCUCGGAAGGGUGCGCAAGGGCCGCCAAGAUGGUGAAGUACGCGAAUGAGCCGGAUAGCAGCACCAAGACGGUCAAGGCCCGUGGGUCUGACCUGCGCGUGCACUUCAAGAACACGCGUGAGUCAGCCCAGGCCAUCAAGAAGAUGACCCUGGUGCGCGCUAAGGCGUACCUGGAGAACGUCAUUGCGCACAAGGAGGUCAUCACCUUCCGGCGCUUCUGCGGUGGCGUGGGGCGGACAGCGCAGGCCAAGAACGCGGGCCAGGCCAACGGGCAGGGCCGCUGGCCCAGGAAGUCGUGCGAGUUCCUGCUCAACCUGCUCAAGAACGCGGAGAGCAACGCAGAGGUCAAGGGUCUAGAUGUUGACACGCUGGAGGUGUCGCACAUCCAGGUGAACAAGGCGCAGAAGCAGAGGAGAAGAACAUACCGUGCCCACGGGCGCAUCAACCCUUACAUGUCUUCCCCCUGCCACAUCGAGCUUGUCCUGUCCGAGAAGGAGACGACCGUCAAGAAGGAGACUGAGGAGGAGGCCCCCACCAGGAAGCGCAAGAACCAAGGCCGGCUCGCCAGCGGCACCAGCUCUUAGAGACGGUGUAAUCCUGUAAAAUUGGCAUCCUUGACUGCGCAGUAUCCAUUUCAUCAAGUUGACAUGCAUCGGUACGUUCCGUAUCAAGACGAGAGCAUCAUGAACAUAGAAAGCCGGAUGUUGUGAUGUGUGUUCGAGGAUCCGUGCAUCUUUCGCUUUUUCCAUGAAAUGUCUGAC